AUGAGGACGCGAAAGUCAAACAAGGCAAAGCGCUUUCAUCAGCAAGCCUACCUGUCGGAUCUUGGCUCUUCGGACGAGGAGGAUCUGCGGAAAGCUACGCAGAGGCAGAAUGAUGACUCCGACGAUGGAUUCGUCGACGACCCGGCAGAAAAUGGCGAGCCAGACGAUGAUGAUAAAUUCGACAAUGCCGAGCUCGUCGCCAGCUCGGACUCGGGAGAGGGCGAGGUUCUCUCAGACGUUGAGAAGAAGCCCCGAAGACGACCUCGCCCUGAUGUUUUCAGCGCCAAGAUCAAGGACGAAAAGGACGGCAAGGAUAGAGCCGGCAAACGGUCACUCGGCGAGGUCCAACCCUAUCCGGGUGAGCCAUCUAUGAAAUGGACGCGGUCGUACAUAGGCCCCGUCUCUCGCCAUGUGCAUCUAGGACAGUUGUGUGCUUACUGGUAUGGCGAUCGAAACGACUUUCGCAAGAUUAUUAGUUCCUUUAUUCUUAUGUGGACGCCCUACGACCUAUUUCCACCAAAACUUGUGUCAAGGAAUGAUCAGAGGAUUGCAAAAGGACCUUGGUCUUCUCUGAAAUUUUGGGAAGAUCAGCAGAAGAAGCUUGUCGAUUGGUAUUUUAAUUAUUUAUCCACGAGACAGUCUUCUUCACAGUCUCAAAUCCUCCAGCAGAGCAUCGCCCAGCGUUGGUUCAUUCCCAAAGCCGCCACAGAGUUAACGGCGUUCCUCGGGCCGCAUAAUGAUCAGACCAAGCAUAAAAUCCAUCAGGGUCAGAACAUUCAACUCUCGCUCGAGGGCAGUCCCUCCUCCACAGAGUCAUCGUCAGAAGAGACCGUUGGUGGUUGGCUGCUCGAUGUUGGUGGCAUCACCUUGGCCAUGGAUUGGGCGCCUAGGACUGGAUCUAUCGAUCAGCUCUUGGCCAUGAGCAUUAUACCAUACUCGGACCAAGCUUUCUACCAAACACCUGAAGAAGCGCCCCCAGAAGAAAGCAAGAAACAAGGCAGUAUACAGAUAUGGACAAUACCUGCCCAGACAGGGGGAAAUGGAACCAUGGCCCUUAAGCAAUCACCACCAUAUCGUGUAGCAUCGUUAUGUUUCGAUGGAUGGGGCCGAGUUGUGCGCAUGCAGUGGUGCCCUGUGCCACUCACAGUCGGCAACUUGGUUGGCCUACUGGCCUUUCUAACAACUGACGGAAUUGUACGGGUGGUGGAGGUGAAACAAUCCUGGAGCGAUAGGAAUCGCGAGACUUUUGAAGAGAUUCGGGAGACCCUCACCACCCUUGAGCUCAAAUCUGAGUACAAGAUUGAUAUAACCUCAUUCACAUGGGUGAACAUGAACCGCAUAUGCGUAGGUUGUUCGGAUGGCUCCUUGGCAGUGUGGUCUCUGUAUCCCUGUGUGUUGCUGCAACGCCAUCCAGUGCAUUCAAGCCCAGUUCUGGAUGUCAAGUCGGGGUACCCGUCGCAUCCAUUCAUCGUGGCCUCUGCUCCGACCGGAGGUGUGACCACUGUGACAGACUUGAACCGGCCCAAUGCCGAACUUGUCUACGUGCCAAACCUCAUUGUUAACUUUCAACCCAACUUGCUGGUCUGGUCUGAGCACAUGCGUGGUUUCAUUUCACUGUGGUCAUCUUCGUCACCUGCCAAUAUCGCUCUCUCCUUCAUGUCAAUACGCACUUGGCCUCAAUCACGAUUCGUUGUGGCGAUUUCUGGGCAGCCCAGUUGCAUGGCAAUUGGAUCGUGUCACCCAUACCUGUUGGUCGGGUCGACGGAUGGAUCGCUGUGGCUUUCCAACCCUUUCCGGCGAGUGUUUUAUUUCAAAAAGAAGCACAGAAAAAUCAAGCUAUUCCACCAUGAGUACCAAGCUUUGGCGACAGAGGCCAAAGAUACGCAGGACGGCGAUGAAGAGGUACGCCGUGGAACUUGCCGAAUCCUUCACGGCUUCAAGCCCAUUGAAAAUGCACAUCCGAGACAUGAUAAGAGCGGCGUCCAAAUGCGACAGAGGCAUAAUGCACAAAAGAAGAAAGAACAGCAGAAGAGGAAAAACACCAAGAAGCCCAAGGGCAAGGGCAAGCAAGCGACUGCUGAGGCCGAUCCUGAGGACGACGAGCUUGGAAGUGACCUGGAUCAAGACAUGGCAGGCAGAGGAUCGGGCGAUGUGGUAAAUUGUGACCCCUUGACACGCAUCACGUCGGUCGCAUGGAACCCAAAUAUCGAGUGUAGCUGGUGGGCAGCCGCUGCCAUGGGGUCCGGCCUGGUAAGAAUUAUGGAUCUAGGCGAGGAGCAGGCCUCACGGAAGGCGAGGAGAGCGACGACAGGUACUGGCGACGAGACGAGCGAGAUGGCGGAGGAAGAAUUCGCCGAACAGGGUGAGGAAGACGGUGCGUUUGAUGAGGAAGAUUUUGCCGAUGAGGUAUCAGACGUGUCCAUGGAGGAUUACGAUUGA